GCUGUGGUAUUCAGGAGUGUCGUCGAUUCCAUCGAAUGGCACGCACAUUACAGGUUCCACCGGCACUGUCACUAAAUUUCGCUAGCAGGAAGCAUACCAUGAAUAUCCAGGUGUUAAAUUCUGGGGAGUGCCUCAAGUGUCAACCAUUGAAGUCAGGUCCAUGGCUCACGAAGCCGGAUCUCUGCCAGACGUGUCUGCCAUCGUGCAACGACUGCUGAAACUGCUGCGAGAAUUUCUUGCAAUUCUCCGACCAACUGUGGCGGAGAAAUUGGCACACCGUGACGACAGCGGGCCCGCGAUGAGCUUACAUCGAGAUUUAAGAACCAGAGGAUUAGCCAUCAUGCGAAUUAGGCUUUUGAGCCAUGUCUUCUCAAUGCAAGAUCUGAAUCAGAAAGCGGCGGGAAGAUCUACUAAUGGCAGCAGAUUUGAAGCAAAGCCGGGCGGAACGAGUGGUUUGGCGGUCCUGGGUUUGUAUUCGACCCCCCGUCGGAUGGUGACGCAGGCAUACAGUGAUCAAGCUCAAGUUCCUGAACCAUACGAUAUCCUUGUACUAGAAGACCGAACACAUGAGGCUCCUCUCGACUUCAAAGAACCUCGAGAGGAAGUUAUUCACGACUGGCCAGCGCCAAAUGCACAUCCAGUUCUGCAGGCGCCUCACUUCUCUGUCAAGCCGAGCAGUGUCGUCGAUGGUAGUACUUAUCUCCAGCAUGGGUUUCGAACAGUUGGAGGACUAAUCACGAACAUCUACAGGACGACAUCUCCGACAAACACCGAACACGUCAAACUACUAUGGCUUUACAUGUGCACCCCAGAAGUCUAUAUUCGCAAUGAUAUAUGGAUCUUUCUCACCCCACUAUUCUCAGUUCAAACGGUCCUGGCCUGGGCAUGA